AUGAUUUUCCGCGUGAGCGAGGGUAGUUUUGAGAACACAAGUCACAGCACCACGGCAACGGAAUCCUCGUUACCUGUCUCAAACUACGAUUCAUUGAUAAUGAAUACUGGCAUUUCUUAUGAUGAAAUAGAAGAGGCGUCUUUAGUUUUGCCGCCUACAUUAGUCAGCCCAACUCUAGUGAAAAUGGUAGUUACGGCGGUGGAUGAUCUUGAGGCCGGGCAGAAACGACAAAAUGAACUCCCCUUCCCAGUGGAUUGGGAACUGUAUUCUAGUAGUGGGAAAAUAGGAAAAAGUGACUACAAGGAAGGUGAUAUGUAUCAAGACCUAUUGUUAGGAAACUAUCAGCCUUCGUAUGGUUGUGACAUAGAAAUCAUAAACCGCAACGACUGUAGGCAGCGCUGUAAAAAUCUCCGAUCCAUCGAACCAUCCCACUCGUGUUAG